AUGGCACAGAAUCGAGCACGCGAUGAGCCAUCAGACUCACGCGCCGCGCUGGCGAGCUCGAGUGUGCGCGAGCUGAUGGAGCGAUGCGAAGCUGAACGGCACGACACGUGGCAGCAGCGCUGGUGGAACGGCGCGGCCGCCCAGCAGAACCACUCCGCUGCGCUCCCCGUGCGCGCCCCGGAGAACUCCGCGCGGGUCCCAGCGUGGGGCGCAGCAGCAGGCGGCGCUUUGACCCACUUGCAGCCACUGCUAGCCGCAGCAGCAUUGGGUACAGCAGAGCUAUGGGGCGGCAAUGAAACCGCACACAACGACGCACAAGCAAGAAGCUGUCUGAACGGGCUGUGCAGCCCCACUCACAGUUGGCGAGAGGCAGCAGAGGCGUGUCCCACACGCUCGCCUCCACGCCGCGGUGGCGCUGCUGCAGCAAGCACCACAGGCGGUGCAGACGACGCGGUGAGCAGGGCCGGUGCUGCUAGCACAGGUGGGGCACAGGGUGCGCGUGGGUGUAGCGCGGUGGAAAGGGAGGGCGCGAGAAGGACACCAUCGGGCCGUGGCAAGCUGAGGCGCUCCUCAACAGCCGGAGCAGCCAUGUUGGCGGGAGGAGGAGAAGAGACGGGCGGCAGUGCAGAUGAGAGCGCGUGGCGUGCAGUUAGUGGCGCCGGGGGGAGCCAAGCCACCGCUGCCCCACUCACCUCCUCUCGCCGCCUCCACUCGUGUGCGUCCGCUGCUGCUGCUGCCCCUGGGAGUGGCGGGCACGGUGCGGACGGGUGGAUGUGGGAGUACCAGGGGUGCUGCGAGCACAGCAAUUGGAACUUCAGCAGCGCCGCCCACUCCCCGCAGACACACCUUCACGUCGCUCACAGCACUGCCCGCACUAGCGGCUCCUCGUUCUUCUCCCCGUCGCACCACGCGCUCAACCCUGCCCACGACCUGCUGCCUGGCUCUGCUUACCUCCACCUCUCUGCGCUUGAUGCCUGCUGUGCAGCAGCAGCAGCAGCAGCAGCAGCAGCAGCAGCAGCAGCAGCAGCAGCAGCAGCAGCAGCAGCAGCAGCAGCAGCAGCAGCAGCAGCAGCAGCAGCAGCAGCAGCAGCAGCAGCAGCAGCAGCAGCAGCAGCAGCAGCAGCAGCAGCAGCAGCAGCAGCAGCAGCAGCAGCAGCAGCAGCAGCAGCAGCAGCAGCAGCAGCAGCAGCAGCAGCAGCAGCAGCAGCAGCAGCAGCAGCAGCAGCAGCAGCAGCAGCAGCAGCAGCAGCAGCAGCAGCAGCAGCAGCAGCAGCAGCAGCAGCAGCAGCAGCAGCAGCAGCAGCAGCAGCAGCAGCAGCAGCAGCAGCAGCAGCAGCAGCAGCAGCAGCAGCAGCAGCAGCAGCAGCAGCAGCAGCAGCAGCAGCAGCAGCAGCAGCAGCAGCAGCAGCAGCAGCAGCAGCAGCAGCAGCAGCAGCAGCAGCAGCAGCAGCAGCAGCAGCAGCAGCAAGCAGCAGCAGCAGCAGCAGCAGCAGCAGCAGCAGCAGCAGCAGCAGCAGCAGCAGCAGCAGCAGCAGCAGCAGCAGCAGCAGCAGCAGCAGCAGCAGCAGCAGCAGCAGCAGCAGCAGCAGCAGCAGCAGAGCAGCAGCAGCAGCAGCAGCAGCAGCAGCAGCAGCAGCAGCAGCAGCAGCAGCAGCAGCAGCAGCAGCAGCAGCAGCAGCAAGCAGCAGCAGCAGCAGCAGCAGCAGCCAGCAGCAGCAGCAGCAGCAGCAGCAGCAGCAGCAGCAGCAGCAAGCAGCAGCAGCAGCAGCAGCAGCAGCAGCCAGCAGCAGCAGCAGCAGCAGCAGCAGCAGCAGCAGCAGCAGCAGCAGCAGCAGCAGCAGCAGCAGCAGCAGCAGCAGCAGCAGCAGCAGCAGCAGCAGCAGCAGCAGCAGCAGCAGCAGCAGCAGCAGCAGCAGCAUGCAGCAGAGUGGUCGCCACGGGAGGCCACUCCCCCUUCCACGCCAGCCACACCUGCACUGCCGCCCAUCCCCAUUGCACCACCCAGCACUGCUCCUCCACCUCCCACGCCCAGCCUGGCACAGCUGCAGCAGGCCAUCCCGUGUGCUGCUGUCACGGGUGCUGUGGGCGAUGAGGGGAAGGCAGGGAGGUGGUGGGAGAGGCUCACACGGCUGA